AGCAAGCAAGCAAAAGCUUGUUUUUGACGCCGUACAAGCAAGCCAGAGCGGCAUCGCUCGUUUUAAGACUCCCGAGACGUCUGCGCACCCGUGCCCUCGCCAACAACGCGACCGCGCCCUGCGUUUUCACAAGUCAUGCCGCCACAAAUGACAGCCCUGCUGCUGCUCUGCACGACAACAGCCUACCAGCCCCCACACAAAUCGCACGCCAGAACCGUCGCAUUACGCGCCCAGCGCACCUACACGCUGACCGACGGUAAAGACAAAACGGACCUGCUCGAGGUCACGACCAAGGCCGAGGGCCGGACCUUUGUGCUGGAUGGCUCGAAAAUGCUGACGCUCUACGAGUGCAGCUUUUUCGAGGGCAAACUUGGGUAUCAAGUCUGGCCGGCAGCUUUGGCCGGCGCCGCCUGGGCUUGUCAAAACAAGGCCUUAUUCGAGGGCAAGCGCGUGCUGGAGUUGGGGAGCGGCGUGGGGCUGUUCGGCUGCGCGGUCGCGGCCGUCACGGACGCCGCUCAUGUCACGUUGACGGACCUCGACGCUGUUAAUGAUAGGGACUUCGACGCGCCGUCCGGAUUACUAGACGCGCAGCGGCGGACGUGCAUCGCGAACGGCUUCGAUCAGGUCGACUCGAAACGGGUCGACUGGGCGGACUCCGAGAGUUGGCUCGAACCGGUCGACGUCGUGGUUUGCGCGGACUGCGUCUACGCGCCGGAAGCUAUAGAACCGUUGGCGAACUGUAUCGCUCAUCAUUUAGCAGAGGACGGCGUCCUGUACGCGUUUUCGGCCGAGCGGGACUGGUCCGACGCGAAGUAUGCGCGCGCGGCGCCCAGCGACCUGGAAGACGCCUUGCGGGCCGUAGGGCUGCGCGUGGCGACGGCGCGGUCGUCGAUCACGACGGCGAGCGGUGUGUACGACGUCGUGUUGCAUACUGCAUCUCGUGUGAUUGAUGACACGACGACGGGCGUGGACCGCCGAAGCGUCCUCGGCGCGACGGCGCUCGCUUUCGCGCCGCGCGCGCACGCUGCUGACGAUCCACGCACCGACAUCAAGGCGCGCGCGGAUUAUGUUGAAAAAGAGGCGCAAGAUCAGGGCUUCCGGACGUCGCGUAUAAACGUGCUCAAGGUCGAGCCGGGGCCCGCGGCCGCGACCGGUUGCAUGCGUUCCAGAGACGCGGACGUGGUCGAAAUUGACUACGUCGGCAGCGUCGUCGACGGCGGCGUGUUCGAUCGACGGAGCCGCUUCGCGGCGAUGCUUGGGAGCGGGGAGGUGCUGAAAGGUCUCGAGCUGGGGCUGUAUGACAUGUGCAUCGGCGAGCGACGCGUGCUGCGCGUGCCGCCUGCGCUUGGUUUCGGCGAUAGAGGCUCGCGCGCGUUCGGGGUGCCGGGCGGCGCGACGCUCGAAUACGACGUCACGCUGCGCGGCAUCAACCUCCAGUACAAUCCCUCGGUCCGGAGGGAGGACCUCGACUUCGAGCAGCGUUUCUGA